CUCUGCAUGAUGCCUAUUUUAUGCAAAAAGACAAAAUAUACCACCAAAGAAAAGACGGCUGCAUGCUUUUUAUUUGCAGACUAUUUAACACUCUAAAGCACAUUCAGAUACCAAUCUAAGAGCUCCCACAUGAGUAAAUAAAAGUGGAGUGUAAUGGAACUAUCGAUUGAGCGUGACCUCAUACCAGGUUGAGCAGUGGAGUGUUUCCACAAUCUGAAGCACACACACCAUCCUAUUUGGUGUUAGAAAUGAGGGAAGAGAAAGAAGUGAAAAAAAAAAAAAACAGUCGGUGAUAUUUCCAGCUUUUACUUACAGCCUAUCCGCCCCACUGAAUGUAACCAUCAAGACCUUAGAGGGCAAUGCGGCUGUGGUCACAUGGGACAUCCUCGAGGGAGAUCCGGUCAUCGGGUUUGCCAUCACACAGCAGAAGAAGGAUGUGCGCAUGAUGCGCUUCAUCCAGGAAGUGAACACUACCACUCGCUCGUGUGCAUUAUGGGAUUUGGAGGCUGAUACAGAGUAUAUUGUCCAUGUGCAGUCCAUCAGCAUGAGUGGCACAAGCCCCCCCAGUGACCCUGUCCUCUUCCGCACACCAAAAGAGUCAGAAAAAAUGGCCUCCAAAAGUCCUGAUGAGGUGACAAUGAAGGAGGUUGGCCAGGCUGCGCAGCUGAGGGCCGGAGAGCUGAUCAUCAUAGUAGUGGUCCUGAUCAUGUGGGCAGGUGUGAUAGCUCUCUUCUGCCGUCAGUAUGACAUCAUAAAGGACAACGAGCCCAACAACAACAAGGACAAAGCCAAGAACUCGUCGGAGUGCAGCACCCCCGAGCAUCCUACAGGGGGCCUACUGCGCAGCAAGGUCUAACCGACCACUGGCAAUAACAGGCUUCAGCCUCAGGACAUAGCUGAGACAUACCGGAAAGCCAUCAAAUGACAUUAUUGUGAAACAAGAGUGCCCAUCUUCAUUUGAAAGGACUCUUUAAUAUCGCAUCCUAUCAACAAAUACGGACCCCUUGGUGCUUGUCUAUGAAGUACACAAAGACAAUGAUACACUCGAGCACAUUUGACGAGUACACUUGAGCACAUCUGAAGACUGAAGUGAAGACCUGAGAAUUGAAAACUGCAUGACCGGGCGUUCCCUUGGGUCUGGCUCCAAACAGAGAUGUUCCCUAAGCUCUGAGAAGAGAGAGCCAGAAAUCCCAGGACACUCUGCCUCCAGCGCCACCUCGCACAGAUAAGCAAAAUGUGUCAUCGCCUUUGAGGGAAGACGAUAAUAAACCAGAAUCGUGCUAUGAAUGAAGGGGAACAAUUUUUUCCCCCCAAGCAUUCUCUUCUUAUCAGUGCUGAAACAGGAUCAUAUGAGGAAGGGGAUAAACUGAAGCUAUUUCACAUAUCUCUCCGUCUUUCUCUCUGCAUAUUCUCUCUUAUUUUUUUAUCUCUUUCUAUGCCAUUUGGUUCCUCUUUUUACGUCAUACUUUUCCUUUUCUUUCCAUUCAUUUUUCCUUGCUUGAGGUUUUCUUUUUCACCCUGAAAAGGAGUCACCGCUGUAAAUGUGAUAAUGUGUAUUGGUGCAGUGCGAUCUCUCUCUCCAUAAGCACUCUCUCGCUCUCAGGGCAUCCGAGUUAAAAUCCAGAGGAUGAAUAAUACAGUGGCUCACGCUGAACCUCAUCCAUCAUACCAUCCACACCAAUCCCAUCGCGAUAUAUAGACGAUAUAUUCGUAUAUUAUAUUAAUACAGUGAUGGAGAAUAUAUUUAAUCACUCGUGCGUCUUGAGUAACUCAAAAGCUUGCUGUCAAUGAUGAGUAUAUAAAUGUAGAGUAUAAGUUAUUUUGCUCCUCAUUACCUGGUAACGGUCUUGUUUUAUGAGUACUGCUAUAAUUAUGCUUCUGCUGUGACGUAUGGCUCCAUUAGAGAUUCCGGUGCCUUUCCUCCAAAGCGUUUCCUUGCCAGUGUCCCAUCUCCUUCAAGACCUUCAACGCCCUCUUGUCUCAUUCUUGUGUAAUAAAUUUUCCGUUUGACAGUUUAAGUGAAGUAUGCGAGAUGAGGGAGAGGCUUGACAGCGCGUUAUUGGAGUGUCAGGACAGAUGGACUUGUCACUUAGAGCACAGUCACUGACGCGGACGUCGUCCUCCUGGGACAAACUCAACAAGUCGUCAGUUUGCAGGAAGCAAUAAGAACAUGCUUAAUGCAGGCCAGAGGUCUAGAAAGAAUUGAUUUGUACCAUGACAGGACAUGCAGAUAUCCUAGGGAAUAUGUCUAAAAGAGCAGUACAGUUUUGCUAUACAACCAUAAUAAUGCAUCGGUAGUAUGACGCUACAAUUAAUGGGGAUUUAUUUACCAUUUAGACCCAUGAGUUAGUUUGUAUGUUCUGGAAUAAGGACCAAACUAUUACUUAAAUAAGAUGCUUUUUCGUAAUAUGUGUUAUUUAUAAAUGAGUCUAUAAUUAUUAGGGAUGCCAGCCAGUCGAACCAUUUUUCAGACCAAGCUUGAGUACGUGUUUUUUUGGUACUCGUCAAUACCGAUAACGAAAUGCAUAACCUACUUAUUAUUUAUCAAUCAGGGACGUCAGAGAAUAUUUUAUUUAGCUCUGUUUAUGUUUUCACACAGAUGCUUGUUCAUGCACUUUCACCACUAGACUUGUUCUAUAUAAUGUUGAUUUUAAAUGAAGUGCAUUAGCAAGCUACAUUAGUUACUUUGGAUUGUGUUGGAUUGCAGUGCAGAGCAGGUUUUGUUCCACUUUUGAAAAGUGCUUCUGUACAGCUGUAAUUAAAGUACGUUUCAUUCUUCACUGGUUUGGAAUCCUUCGUUAUCAAAAGCUGAUGAUGGCUGAUCGUCAAGAACAACAUACUGGGUAAGUGCUGCUAUUUUUUCUCAUUGUCUCACCUAGCCAGCGUUUGCUGCUAGCACUGAACUCCUCGAGCUGGCUUUCAUGUUCAAGUAACCUGAUUUUUUUUUUUUCAGGUUACUUGUAUUGUAGAAAUAUGCUGUAGUUCCUCCUCUUGAUAUUUUCACAAAGCACAGUUUGCAGUCUGCUUUGAUUGCUAUCAUUAAUCGUGAUGUACGUCCAGAUCACUGCCUUUUCGUUGCCUGUUCUUCAGUGCACACUGUACACUAGGCUCACGUCACACAGUAUCGUAAUAUCACGUAGUAUCGGAUGUUGGUAUUAGAGCAAUUUACCAGUAUGAGUAUGAAUUAAUGAGCAUGGAAUAAAUGAGCAUGGUAUAUCUAUAUCGGGUAGCAUCCCUAAUCAUUAUAAUUACUAUAAUUUGGCAAUCUGGCUGCAUGAUGUGCAUAUUAGCAAUAAUAAUAUUGCUACAUACUGCGAUUGUAAAAUUCUCUGUGAUAUUCUAAUCAGGAUAACAGCACAUGAUAAGCUACUUGGUGACAUGUCCAAGGGCUCAUUUAUGUAUUUAUUACAUAUUUCAGCCGUCAGAGAUAUCAGUAUCGCAAUUUCCAAUCCUGAGAUAGCAUUUAAGAAACCGUAUAUCAUGCAGCCCUUCUCAGCAGCAAUUUGUAUUCAGCCAUGUCACUGAUUGAUGGCAGUGUUAAUCAAGUGGGUUGAAGGGUACUUGAAGGAGUCUCACUGCAUUUAAACACUCUCCCAGUCCAGACAUACGGCCAUUACAUUGUCAUGGCGGCAGCCUAACGGACCGUCCUCACGCUCCGCGAGUCAUCUGUUCCUUCAUUUUUCAUGCCAUCCCUCCCACUGCCACGGAAGAAACUCGAUACUUCUCCUCUAAUGACUGCUAAUUAACCUUGGCCGCGGGGAGAAAGCAGGAGGGCCGCCGGCUGAAAAAUGGCCGACAUCAAUAUCGUGUCUGGGCAGCUUACAUAAGGCAGAGAGGAUUAUGCUUUCACCUCCACAGAUCAUCACUUUCCUACUGCUAGUUUCUGCUCCAGCAGAUACAAUGGGAGACACUGAAUGAGAAUGAGGCCACAGUGUUCCUAAGCAAUGUUCUGCUGUAUUGACCAGAGACGAUGUCCCACUCAUGACCCACAAAAUAAUCAGAGAGGCAAACUCUCCUCUCAGUCCCAAACUGGAUCACAAGCAGAAAUGGUUUUGUUAUAGACAUUUACACUUCUAGCCUUCAAAACUGUCUGGCUCUUUGAAUUUAAAAUCACUUCCAUAAUAAGAGACUGCAAGUAAGAACGUGAAAUGUCUGACUCUUAGUAAUUCUUUUGUAAAGUCUUAUGUAGGACGGUUUCAAAUUUUCUGAGGACGUACUUGAACACUGCUCAUGUCCUGUUUUACUCUAGACAUAAAAGAAAAACUUUCUAUGACUAUUUCUCUUUCAUAUCUAUAAUUAACUAUGAACUCAUUCAUAUCAUGUUAUGCAUUCAUAAGGCAUUAUACACAUUGGUAUAAUUAUCUAUAUAUGCAUUAGGAAUUGUUAACAUGAUGCAUUAUAAGCAGUAUUCAUAACAUAUUACAACACUGUUAAGAAAUCCAACCUCAUCUUGCCUAGUGCAUUGUAAGAGCUGUUGAUUUUUUCCCCCCUUUAAUAAAUGAAUUUAUCAAGAAAUCAUACUGCAAAACUUUACAACUGCUGAAAGAAUACUCUAUGUGCAGUGUAGUUUUGGGCUUGAUGCCAUGGAUUUAAUUCAUGGUUUUGUGUAAAAUAGAACUCAUUUUACUUAGAGCUCAGAAAUACAAAAUGAAAGGUAUUAUAAUUAGGUUAUAAUAUCAUAUGUCAGUCAAUAAUCUACACUCACAAAUUAAAUGUAUAUAAAUUCAGUGUGACCAUAAUGCUCUAAGCAAACUGGAGCUGAGUUUUCUUGGUAUUGGUGGUAUAAUGUGUUAUAAACACUGCUUACAAUGCAUUCUAUUUAAUUUAUAAAUACAUUAAUAGAUAUUGCUAUGAACUGUAAUGCCAUUUCAUAAAUAAUUAUAACAAUGCUUAUAAUGUAAUUUUACAUUAUAAAAUGUUGUGAAUGUAUUCAUAAUAUGCCAUAUAAACAUGUUAUGAAUAUAAUAAUAAUAAUAAUAAUAAUAAUAAUAAUACACAUGGCCUUCUUCAUAGAAAAAGUUACCAGACUAACCUUAUUGAAAGGUUUAUAUACAGUACCAGUCAAAAGUUUGAACACACGUACUCACAGCUCCACGGUCCCUGGUUCGAUUCUGAGCUUGGGUUACUGCCUUUGUGUAGUUUCACAUGUUCUCUGUCUUCGUUUCCUCUGUGUUCUCCGGUUUCCUUCCACCUCCCAAAAACAUGCAGAAAAAACAAGCCAGUAUGACCCUGACCAGGAUAAAACAAUUACUUAAGAUGAAUAAAUGAAUGAAGAUGAUUGUUAUAAAAUGUUAUUAUAUCUGAUGCUGAAAAAACUAUGAUGUUCCAAUGAAAUGAAAUUGUGCAAAUUCUCUGUAAUAAAUUCUUUGUAAAUAUUUUCACACUCAUAGCAUUCUCAGCAUUUAUAAUGGAGGCUUUUCCAACAGUGCUGAAGACAUUCUCACACAUGCUCAGCACUUGUUGCCUCCUUUUCCUCCCAUGACUGUGAAGGUCAGGUCAUUUUAUGUAACUUUAUAUUUAAAACUGGCUUAGAAACAUAUUUCAAGCAUUUUCCUCAAACUCUUGGCUUAUGGUUCAGUUAAUCAUAUUAGUGCUUAUUACUAUUCUUUAAAUAAUUUUAAUAAAAAUGUGUAGUUAUGAGAAUGAGGCAUGCAAGUCUGAUGGAUUCUGGGAGUUUAAUGUAUCUUCAGAUCAAGACGAUGAUGAAAUACAUUUCAAUCAUGUGUUCUUAAACUUUUGAUUGGUACUGCAUAUUUCAUUUCUACUUCUACAUAUAUUUAUUCUGUUAUAUGUAUUAAGCCAAACUGUCCCACCAGCAAAUGAAUCGGACUGUGUGAUAUAUCACCACAGCUGCAGUGUAUCAUUUCCAAUUCACUUGAAAUGACCUAUAUACAGUGACUAUAUUUUACAAGAUGUAAUAAAAAUACAAUAAGCAUGUGUUUUUCGUUUAGGCUGAUUAAUGAAACGUUACAAUUUGAUUAUCAGAAAAGAGAGGAAAUAUUUUUGGCUGUUUUAAUCACACAACAAAAAACUGACAUCUCAAAUAUAGUCAAAUUUAUCUAGUAUUUCCUAUUAUAGUUUUUA